AGUCGAUGUCGGUAAAUUUUUAUACGGAGGGGAUUAAAAAGUUUUCGUAUAAUUCGUUCUCUCUUCUUUAUUGAUAGUGUAAAGUUUACUAAAUUGGGAAAAUCUAUUCGAAAUAAUUAAUAUAUGUACAUAUAUAAUAUUACAAAUAGUGUCAAAUGCAUACCUAAGAAUCAGUAUGGAUUUGAGGAUUUUGAGGAUUAACGUGUAAAUAUGUGGUAAUAGAAGCUUGGAAACAAUUGCUUUGAUUAUUUGUAGUUCUUUUUACUCGAUGUAUUUAUGUAUGUAUACACAUCCAUGCAUCUAUAAAAGUUUAUUAAAAUUGUGGUACAUUAGUUUACGUCAAAGGGAAAAGUGAAGGCACAUAUUUUUGGCAAUGCCUGUCUAUAUAUUAAUGAUAACAAAAUUAACAAGMAUAGAUUGUGAUUAAAUAAAAGCAACAUAUUAACAUUAAUACAAAGAAGAGGAAAUUUCUCAUAAACCAACAUCCACCCCCCGCAUCGUUCGAGAGUAAAGUUCAGACGUACUUAUGUACAAAUGUAACAAAAUAUAUAUUGAAGUUAAUAAUAGUAAAAACAUUGAAAUAUAUAAUUAAAUUUUAACAUUUUGUAAUAGUUAGAAAAGUGUUUAAAUGAGCCCAACAAUCAAAACAGUCUCUUGAUUAAAACAAAACUCGAUAAUAAAUGUUGGAUAUACACCACGUGUGAUAUGAGAUGCAAAAUAAACCUUAUCUACCACACUGUAUUAAAUAGUAAUAAGCGUACGAUAUAAUUAUCCUGUAUUACAUACAUAUGUAGAAAGAAAAGUUAUUCCAGCUUUCAGCCCUAAUGACUCUGUGCUAUUACUCCCACUCAUUUACUUACUGUAAGAGCGAAACAAAAUAUGUUACUUAUAAGUGCGCUCGCCCUGGGUUUUGUGGACUCAACAAAUUUCAAUGCAGGCAUUCACUUGGGCAUAUUUAAUCUUGCGACAACAGCGGUGGCUGCAGCCACAACGUCGGCGAUAAAUACAGCUGUUGCAGAAGACAACGUGGACGCUGUGAUAAGUGGCACAAUGCCGAUAAUAUCCACAGAAGACACUCAUGUUAAAGCUUUGACAACAGAUACUGUUAGUGGUACUUCAAUAGCGCAUACAACGACAUCAGUUGGCAGUAGUGCGAGCAGUGGUACCAUUACUUGGGAUAACAAUGGUACUCUUCGAUCACUUAAUCCAGGCGAUUGGUCGAUCGAACAGUGUGUUAUUUGGGAAAGGCCUCAUCAUCUUUAUUAUCAACUAGGGAAUGCCUUCUUUCUACUAGCAUUCUUGGCACCACAUGGACCUUUUGGCGCAUUGUGGCUGAGAGCACUGAUUCUCAUAGGAUGCACGCUGAUGGCGAUGUAUGGCUACUUGGUAGAGUGUAAACCAGAUAUAGUGAUCUGGUCUGGACUAUUUUUCAUCGUCAAUUUCAUUUACCUAAUUAUUGUGUUGUGUCGAUUGCGACCUGUUCGAUUCGAUAAAGAAAUUGAAGGGGUAUAUGCCAGUUUAUUUAAACCCCUUCGCGUGACGAGACAUCAAUUUAAAAAAAUUUUGGCUUGUAUGAAGUUAAUCCGAUCGUUGAAAUACCAGGAAGUGUAUGCGCAAGAAAAAAUAACCAAAGUUGACAGUCUAUCGCUCGUUCUGUCUGGAAAAUUGGUAGUAUCACAGAAUCAGAGGGCGUUGCAUAUAGUGUUUCCUCAUCAGUUCCUAGAUUCGCCGGAAUGGUUUGGAGUAUCAACCGAUGAUUACUUUCAGGUAUCUAUUAUGGCUAUGGAGGAGUCACGCGUUCUUAUUUGGCAUCGUGACAAAUUAAAAUUAUCGAUAAUGGCUGAACCAUUUUUACAAUCAGUUUUUGAUCAUAUUUUGGGCCGCGACGUUGUUAAGAAGUUGAUGCAAGUCACACAGGUAAGCGAAUCCAUAGCUAGUAAUGGRUUUUUACCAUCGGGCAGUUAUGAUGAUGCCGAAGACAAGCCCAUGCUGAUCAUGAAGAAGAGUGUGGAAGGACAUGGCCUAACGGCAUUAAUAAAUCGCCAGCUSCAGGCCAUACCGAGGAUAUCGAAGUACUAUGAUUGCGCGGGUGAUCCUAACUCCUGGCGAUUAGGUAGAAUUGAUGAGACUGACCAUGAGACGGCUGUGUGAGUGUUACAUAUAUAUAAAUAUAUGUAUCCCAUAGAUGCAACAGCGUUGAUACGAGCAAAAUAUAUCCCAGCCCUGACUCAAAUAGAUAUGUAUAUAAAGGCAGAUUAAUUAUAUGUAUAUUGUGAAUUGAUGUAAAUCAAGGGCAGCAAUGGAGACAAAGUGCGAAUGGAAUUUUUCUAAGUAUUACUAGCAAAUAAGAAAAUUAUAUAAUUCUUGUAUUGUUUGUACAGUAACGACAAAGAUUUAAAUACAUAAAUUCGAUUAUAGACA